AGAACUCAAGCAACUAGAGAGGAGACUUGAACGAUCCUUCACAAGAACUAGGUCAAAGAAGGCCAUACCUCCACCAUUUCAAAAGAAGCUAGCUUUUUACACGAGAGCAUUGGAGGCCAAACAUCUGGAGAUCAAGCAGAUCAUUGCCGAGUUUGUAAAGUUGAAUAACUCCACUAUUGAUGCGUUAUCGUCAUUGAGGCAAGAGUACAUAAAAUGCAGCGAAGAAUUAUCCUCCAUGUUGAGCCUUUACUUUCGGACAGAACGAGAACUGAGGGAUACUCGUGAAGGGUUGGAGCAGACACGAGCUAGCCUUGAGCAAACUAAAGAAAUAUUGCAGGCUUACAAAGAUAGGGUGUUGACCCUUGAAGAAGAGAAUAAAACACUGCGAAUGUUGAGGAGAUGUUCUAAUCUAGGAACCAA